AUGACAACAUCAACAAUUGAAAAUGGAGCAUCAUCACCAAUUAUUGUAUCAUCAUCAACACCAAAACUUUAUCAAGAAGGAGCAGGAGUAUGGAUACCAGAUCAAGAAUUAGGAUGGAUUGGAGCAGAUGUAAUUGAACAUUCAGAGACAUCAGCAGAUCAAGUAUUAGUUAGAACAGAGGAUGAUAGAGAAGUGAAAAUACCAUUAAGUAAAGUGUUUCAAAAGAAUCCAGAUAUAUUGGAAGGUGUUGACGAUUUAUCAUUUUUAUCACAUUUACACGAACCUGCAAUCUUACAUAACCUCCAUCACCGUUAUAAUUUGAACCAAAUCUAUACAUAUAUUGGAAAGAUUUUAAUCGCAAUCAAUCCAUACACAUCAUUACCACUGUAUGGAAAGGAGAUGAUCAGUGCCUACUAUGGUAAACAAUUGGGUACAUUAGCACCACACGUUUAUGCCGUAGCUGAAGAUGCUUUCAAAGAUAUGCGUUAUGAUGGUACAAGUCAAUCAAUUUUAGUAUCUGGUGAAUCGGGUGCUGGUAAAACUGAAACUACAAAAUUCUUAUUACAAUAUUUUGCUGCGAUGGGUAAUAUGAUUAAAGAAUCAACAUCAUCAUCAUCAAUAAAUGGAAUUAAUACAUCAUCUGACGGUAUCCCAGUAACACCACCACCUUCACCAAUGAAAAAAUCACCUGUUGAUAAAUCGGUUGAAGAAAGAGUUUUAGAAAGUACACCAUUAUUAGAAGCAUUUGGUAAUGCUAAAACUUUAAGAAAUGAUAAUUCAUCUCGUUUUGGUAAAUUCAUUGAAAUUCAUUUUAAUGAAAUGGGUUCAAUUAUUGGUGCAAAAAUUUUAACAUAUUUAUUAGAAAAAUCAAGAAUUGUAAGACAAGUUUAUAAUGAAAGAAAUUAUCAUAUAUUUUAUCAAUUAUUAUCAGGUGCAUCAGAAGAAUUAAAAGAAAAAUUAAAUUUAAAAACAAUUGAAGAAUAUAGUUAUUUAAAUAAGAGUGGAUGUUUUGAAAUUGAAGGUGUAUCGGAUGAAGAGCAUUUUAAUAAGACAUGUCAUGCAAUGCAAGUUGCAGGUAUAACAUUGGUUGAACAAGAGAAUGUAUUUAGAAUAUUAUCAGCGAUUUUAUUGAUUGGUAAUUUUGAAUUUGAAAAUAUAGCCGGAUCAAAUGAUGAUAGUUGUCAAUUGAUUGAUCGUGACCCAUUGGAGAAAGUAUCGGUAUUGUUAGGAUGUGCACAACCUGAUGAAUUGUUGAAUUCAAUGUUAACACGUAAAGUGGUGACGGGUAAAGAGUCGUACAUAUCACAUAAUACAAAAGAGCGUGCUGAGAAUGCAAGAGAUUCAUUGUCAAUGUUUUUAUAUGGUAUGAUGUUUGAUUGGUUGGUUGUGAAAAUCAAUUCAAGUAUGUCGAUUUCAACACAACAAAAAUCCAAAUCGUUCAUUGGUGUAUUGGAUAUCUAUGGUUUUGAAUCGUUUGAAGUGAACGGGUUCGAACAGUUUUGCAUCAAUUAUGCCAAUGAAAAGUUACAACAAUUAUUUAAUCAACACGUUUUCAAAGAGGAGCAACAGGAGUAUAUAAAGGAGAAGAUCGAUUGGUCAUACAUUGAUUUCAAUGAUAAUCAAGAUACUUUGGAUUUAAUUGAAAAGAAACCCAUUUGUAUAUUGACCUUACUCGAUGAGGAGACUAUGUUCCCCAAGGCCACACCUCAGACAUUGGCAACUAAACUUUACUCAAAAAUGACAAGUCAUAGUAAAUUUGAAAAGCCACGUUUCUCAUCGACUGCUUUCACAAUCAAUCAUUAUGCUGGUAAAGUAACCUAUGAAACUGAUCAAUUCCUUGACAAGAAUAAGGAUUUCAUAAUUCCUGAACAAAUUUCAAUUUUACAAAGAUCAAAUUUCUCAUUCAUUAAAGUGUUAAUGUCACAUUCUGAUAAGUUCACUCAAUCACCUGGUGGCCAUCCACAAGGUAAUGGUGGUCCAACUUCUUCCAAUACAAAGGGUACUUCAGGUUCAUCGUCAAUGAAAUUCCUUUCUGUUGGUUCACAAUUUUCAACAUCACUUGCAACUUUAAUGAAAACUAUUUCAACUACAACACCACAUUACGUUCGUUGUAUUAAACCAAAUCCAGAGAAAUUACCUCAAACUUUUAAUAAACAAGAUGUAAUUCAUCAAUUACGUUGUGGUGGUGUUAUGGAAUCUGUUAGAAUUUGUUGUGCAGGUUUUCCAACUCGUAGAUUAUUAUCUGAAUUUUAUCAACGUUAUAAAAUUUUAUAUGUAAAAGAUAUUAAUACUGGCAGUGGUGGUGGUAAGAAAGGUUCAAAUAAUAAUAAAAUUAAAGAUCCAAAAAUUUUAGUUCAAAAUUUAUUAACUGGUAUUGAAUUAUCAGAUGAUAAAUAUAAGAUUGGUUUAACAAAAGUAUUUUUAAGAGCUGGCCAAUUGGCAAGUUUAGAAGAUAUGAGAUUGGAGCAAUUGGAUCGUAGUGCAACAGUUAUUCAAAAGAGAUGGAAAGGUUAUUUAUAUCGUAAACGUUAUAAACAACUUAGAGAUGCAUCAUUGAUAAUUCAAACUAAACUUAGAUCAGUACAUGCAAAACAACAAUUAUCAGCAUUACAACGUACUCAUUCAGCCAUUUUAAUACAAAAAGUUUGGAGAGCUCAUAGGGAUAGAGUUCAAUAUCAAAAGAUUAGAGAUGCUUCAUUACAAUUGCAAACUGUAAUGAGAAGACAUUUAUUCUCUGAGCAAGUUCAUAGGGAAAGAUGUGAGAAUGCAGCAAUCAUCCUACAAACAAAGAUUAGACAAAUCCUAUCAAAGAGAGAAGUUGAUAAAAAGUUACGUGGUAUCAUUUUAAUUCAAGCAAGAUGGAGAAUGAAAUUGGCCAAAAGGGUUUACAUACAAUUAAGAGCCGAAGCAAGAUCAUUGCGUACCGUUCAAGAGCAAAAGAAUAAACUUCAAGAGAAACUUGAGGAAUUGCAAUGGCGUUUAACCUCUGAAGCAAAACGUAAACAACAAUUGGAGGAUCAAAAAGUUAAAUCUGAUACAACCAUUAGUGAGCUUUCAAGUAAUAAUGAUCAUCUCGAAUUACAAUUAUCAGAGAUUCAAUUGAAAUAUCAAGAAUUGGAUAAAUCAAAUCAAAGCAGUCAAUUACAAUUAUCUGAAUGUUUAUCAAAACUAGAGGAACAAACUCAACAAUUAGAUCAUUCAAGUAAAUUAAAUAAAAAACUUGAGAAAGAUUUAUCUGAUCAACAUGAUUCCAUCGAGAAAUUACAAUCACAAUUUAAUGAAACUGAACAACAAUUACAACAAUUUAAACAACAAUCUGAGGAAUUAUCAAGUAAAUUAUCAAAAACCACUCAACAAUUGGAUUUCAAUAAACAAGAAUUUGAUAGAUUAUCUCAAGAGAGAGAUACUGAUAAUACAAAUAAUCAAUUAGAGAUUCAACAAUUAAAGAAAGCAAAUUCAACUCUAGAAGAGGAUUACUUUAGUUUAUCAGGUAUUAGAGAUAAUUUAGAGAGACAAGUAUUGGAAUUACGUGAUGAAAAUCAAUUAAUAAAGGAGAGAUUAGAUUCAUUGGGUCAACAAUCCUCUCAGUUCCAAAGUGGUGCAGCAUUAGAGAAACAACAAUUGGAACAAUUGGUUCAAGAACAAUCUGAACAAUUAAUUAAACUUUCCUCAGAGAAAUUGGGUAGUGAGGAGGAGGCAAAGAAACAAAUCAAUCAAUUAGAACUUGAACUUACUGAUCAUAAAUCUAAAUUACAAAUUCAAUUACAAUUGACUGAACAAUCCAAUGAAAAGAUAAAGAAACUCAAAGGUAAAUUAGAGGAAUAUCAAGAUGAAAAGAAACAAUUACAACAAGAGCUCGAAAGAAUUAAACAAUCAAAACAAUCGGUUGAAGAUGAAAAGAAUUCAUUAAUCACUCAAUUAACAACGGUCAAAUUUGAAAGUACUCAAGUUUCAACCAAUGUAUCUCAUCAAAAAGAAAAGAUCACCACAUUGAAAUCUACAAUCGAAGAAUUGAAUAAAUCGAUUGGCAAAUUACAAGCUGAACAAAAGAAUAAAGAUGACGAGAUACGUAAGAUUCAAUUUGAAUUAAAUGAUCAAAAACAACAAUUCACUAGACAAACCAAAGAGUUUUCUGAUCUUCAAUCACAACAAUCAAUCGAUAGACAAAAAUCAGAGAUUACAAUUCAUUCAUUAGAGAGAACCAAUGAAACUUUGAAAUCCGAUUUCGAACGUGUUCAACAAUCAUUGAAACAACAAGAGAGAGAUUGUCAACAAUAUAAAGACACAAUCAAUAGAUUAGAGAAUGAGGUUAAACAAUUGACUCAAUUGAAAGAACGUUUCGAAAAUGAAUUCUUUGUUGCAAAGGAACAAAAUUCAAAUCAAACUCAAGAAUCUGUUUAUCUAAAAGAGGUUACCACUCAAAUGCAACAAAAUCAAUCACGUAUCGAAAGAGAAUUAGAGGAAAAGAAACAACAUAUCACUAGAAUCGACGAUGAACGUGAUGAACUCAAGAAACAAUUGACUCAACUUCAACAACAACAUGAACAAUCUUCAACUCAAUUGCUAUUGGCUCAAAAUGAAUUGGAACGUCUUAGAAAGAAAGAACUAAAAUAUAAAGAACGUGGUCAUGAAACUUCCAAACAACAAGAUCAAUUCAAUAUGGAGAUUCAAUCAUUACGUAUCACCAAUAAUGAUCAAUUGAAAUCUUUACAAGAUUAUGAACAAGAGAAAAAGAAACUCAAAGAUAAACUUUCAUCCUCUAAACAAGAGGCUCAACAACAACGUGAAUCAAUCAUUAAAAUGGAUGCUGAAUUAUCUGCAAUUAAACAACAUUCGCAAUGGGUUGAAAAUUCUUUCACCGAUAUGAAACAAAGAAAUCAAGAACUCAUUGAAUCAAGUGCACUCUAUAAACAACAAUUGUUACAACAAACUUCAACAAUCGAUUCAACCAUCAAAGAGAAAGAGAAUGAAAUUUCAAAAUUACAACAACAACUUGAAACUUCAAAUCAACAAUUACACCAAUUGAAAGAGGAAUUAAAUUCAAUGAAACAAUCCAAUCAAUUAGAAUCCACCGAACAAUCUAAACAAUUGAAUCAACUCAUUCAAGAGAAUCAACAAUUGAAAUCGGUCACCAAUGAAAUCUCUAAACAAUUGGAUGAUGCUGUCUUUGAGAAUCAAAAGAUUAACAAUACAAUCAAAGAACAAGAGAUCAAAUCAAAGAGAAUGUCUGUCGAAUUACAACAACAUAUCGAUGAAGGUAAACAACAAGAGAUUCAACAAUUACAAUCUACAAUAGCUCAAUUGAAACAACAACAACAAUCUGAAACUGAUCGUCUAGAAAAAGAAAUUCAACAAAUGAAACGUGAAAGAGAAACUCAAAUGAAAUUGGUAGAGUCUACAAAAUUAAAUUAUCACAUGUUGGAGGAUCGUAUGGAACUCUAUAGAAAUGUUAUGGAGAUCAUUGAUUACAAAGAAACUGAAUGGGAGAAAUUGGCAAGAUUGGCCGGUUGUAAAGAAUUGGAUACAAAAUUACUCUCUGAUUUCCUUUUAUCUUGUAAAUUAGAACAUACUAGUUUAGGUAGUCAAAUGUGGUUCCAUCAAAUAGAUUAUUGGUGUCCUUAUGAAAGAGACUCAAGUAAAGGUAUCUUUUAUGGUAUCAUUAGAUCAAUAGUUGAUUUCACAAUUAAAAACUUUGAUGAUGUUGAUCUUCUCUCCUAUUUAUUGGCUUGCUGUUCUCUUACACUUUUCCUUUAUAAAAAGAAUUUAGUUAAACAUUUAAAUGGUGCAAAUUCAAUUAUGCCAAUCAUACCAACAUUGGGAGAUUUAGAAGAAUUAAAUGAAAGAUUAUCACAUCAAUCAUUAACAACUAGUGGUAAAUUCUCUGGUGGUGGUGGUGGUGGUGGUAUUGAUUUCAUUGAUCAAUUACAACAAAGUACUGGUAUAACUUUUGGUUUAAUAUUUAAAGCUACAACUCUUAAAUUAUCACCAUUGGUUGAUGGUGCAAUUUUAAAUGAAAAUUAUAAUAAGAAAUUAACAUCAAUCUCUGCUUCUUCAUUUGGUAGUGGUAGUUUUGGUCUUGGUUCUAAUGGUGUUGGUAGUGUAUUAUCAAUUGAAUUGAUUACAACUUAUCUCUCUUCAAUCAUUACAAUAUUCCAACAUCGUAUGGUACAUUUUACAUUAUCACAAAGAUUCUUUAAUCAAGUAUUUUGUUGGAUUGGUGCUUUAAUAAUGAAAGGUUUCAUGUUGAGACAAACUUUUUGUACAGAAACAUUUGCUACCUUUGUUAAAACAAAGAUUGACUUUUUAACUAGAUGGGCCGAUGAUAUUGGUAAUGUUUGGGUUGGUGAUGUCGCUAAUGCUUUCCAACAAGUUAGAGAGGUCAUCAAUGUUUUAAAUAUUAAAGAUAAAGAAAAGAUCAUCGAUGAUAAAAUACGUAAACAAUAUUGUCCAACUUUAAAUUCAAAUCAAUUGAAACAAGUCUUAUCUUUAUUCUCUCCUGGUGAGUUUGGUGGUAAACGUGUCUCUGCUAAAGUUAUCGCCUCCAUUUGUCCACCAAAUAAAUCCUCUGCUGGUCAAUCCUUUGUUCAAGAUGAAAACAAAUUAAAUACAAUUCCAAUUGAUUCUUUACAUUAUUUAGAAAUUCAAGAUAUUAAAACACUUUCUUUACCACUCUCUAUAAGACAAACAAUUGAAACUGAAAUCAUUAAUUUAAAACAACAAAUUGCUUGUAAAAAAUAA